UGUCCUCGUGCUCAUCAUACCGCUCCUCCGCUGGAGCUGAGCUGUAAAUGGAGAAGUCUGCACCCUCAGAAGCGACAGAGGGCGGAAUAAGAAGCACUCUGUACUUGAGGAACAACAACUAGCAUUUGAAGCAGGAAAUUAGAGUGGCGGAGCAGUCUGGAAAGGAAGAAAAAAAUACCCGUAUUCGCUACACCCUCAUCACACUUUUGGCUGAGGAACCUGCAGAGCCUGUCUGAGCCUGCAAGCAACCGCAGGUUUAGGGGAGACAGAUCUGCACUCUGCAAUGGCUCUGUUGACUCUGCAUAGGCUGCCAUCCAUCUCCACCACUCCAGAUGAAAGCCUCCCAAGAAGAGGGGUACUUCAGAAAAGGCAGAGCUUCGCCCUCGUGAAGGGGGCGGUCCUUCUGCUAGAAGAGGGUGAGAGGGUGGGCCUUGAUGAGGAAACUUCUUCCACUCCACCUUCUCCUGGAAAGGAAAGCGAUGGAGCAUCAGACGCACGGCACAGACACCUUCGUGCCAUGGUUGAACAGCUCCGACCAGAAGAUACCAUCAAGCUGGCGGUGCAGUUGGAGUCCUCCAGCUCGGUCAGAGUCAGAUAUCUGAUCGUUGUCUCCACCCUCGACAACAAACAAGAGAGCAUCCUGCUGGGCAUGGAUUUCCCCAACUCAGACAGCGAUCAUUGCACCGUCGGCCUGGUUCUGCCGGUAUGGAGCGACACGCAGGUGUAUCUGGACGGAGACGGUGGUUUUAGCGUGACCACGGCUGAGGAGACCAGAAUGUUUAAGCCUGUUUCCAUGCAGACCAUGUGGUCAGUGCUGCAGGUGUUGCACGGCUGCAGCGAGCGGGCGGUCAAGGCGGCGGUGAUCCCAGGCAACGGCCUAGAGUGGGCCCAGCACUACCACCUGCUCAUCGAGUCAGACCGAUUCUGCCUCAACGAAUGGGAGGCCAUGAACGACCUGGAGUCGGUCCGCAGGGACAGUGAUGGACAGAGGUCGGCAGAGAGAAUGUCCAACGAGAGGCUGAUCAAAGAGCACCUGAGAGACAUCAUGAGCACUGAAGACCUGGACAACCUCACAUCUAAAAUGGUGCACUCUGCCCUGGAGACCAGGAUAGGCUUCGACAUGAAACGCUUUAAGGAGUACAUUGAUAAUGAGAUCCUCGUCACCAUGGCUCAGAUGGAUAAUCCCUCCAAAAUAUUUGACUUCCUUUACCUGGGCUCUGAGUGGAACGCAGCUAACUUUGAGGAGCUGCAGAAAAACAACGUGGGCUAUAUUCUGAAUGUGACGAGGGAGAUUGACAACUUCUUCCCAGAGUCCUUCACUUAUAUGAACAUCAGAGUGUACGAUGUGGAGGCCACCGACCUGCUCCCUUACUGGUUGACAGAAACGUUCAACUUCAUCAACACUGCGAGGAAGAGUGGACAGGCUGUGUUGGUGCACUGUAAGAUGGGCGUUUCUCGCUCUGCAUCCACGGUGAUCGCCUACGCCAUGAAGCAGCAGCGCUGGUCACUGGAUAUGGCGUUGGCCUACGCUAAGGAUUGCCGGUCCAUCGUCAAGCCCAACGAGGGCUUCAUGAGGCAGCUGCAGACCUACGACGGAAUCCUCAAUGCGAGCCAGCAGCGGCACAGCGCACUCUGGAGGCGAAAGUCAAGAGACCAUAGACAAAAAUCAGUACGCAAGGAGAGAGAGGACGGAAAGCCGGAAGAGGAAGAGGAGGAGGAGGAGGAGGAUGAUGAUGAUGAUGAUGAUGAUGAUGAUGAUGAGGGACUUGGUGAUUAUGAGCUGAGUGAUGAGGACGAUCUCGACAGUGCAGAUGAAAAAGAGGAUAUAAAGGAAAACACAGAAGUGUUCACCCAGGAGCCCACCCCCCAGUCUGAGACCAACCAGGGGCCCGGGCACACAGCACCACCAGCCUACACUCUUACAGUGACUGAACCAGACAAGGUUGCUUCGAGUGUUAAUCGCAGUGGCAGGAUGAACCUCUUCUCCCUCAUGCAGUCCAUCAGUGAUGAGGACAAAGGACGUGAACAGCUACCUGGCAGUCCGAGGCGUUCUCCAGGGCAGCGAAUGUGCAGCCAGAGGCGCCGGGCUCUGAUUCACCAGAGAGCGUGUGAGGGUGCUUCACCUGAACCACGAAGCCUGCCGGACGCCAGUAAAAACAAACCCUAAAGUGAUCAAAGGGACGGAAGAGCGGGGAGUUAUAAGAGGGAGAGGCACCCAUGAAGGAGGCAGAGAGCAAGAAAUGGAUGGUGGGGGAAAUGUACGUUUCAUUGCAUAUCUGUUCAUAAUUAUCAUAGCUGAUGAUGGUUCGCUGUUUAUAAUAGGAUUAUACUGUAAUAUUGCUAUACAGGUGAAAGCCAGGAUGACUGAAGUCAUUAUCGGUGUAUAUUGUUGAAUUCUGGGAUUUUUUUUCAGCGUUUAUUUUGGAACAUGUCCUACCAUCUGCAGAUGUACUCUUCCCUUCUUCAGCGCUCGCAUCACCCCUCCAGAUAUGAUAUCUAUGCAAUUACUCUUCUGCUUUUUCUUUUCCUCUGAAUGUGAGGCUUUAUGCUGCCAAUCCGAGGUAGACAGUUUUUUUAAAUGUUGUUCUCUCAAGUCUUUUUCGGAAGACGUUCGUUGUUGACCGAUGGGAGAAUUUCACUUAAUCUAAGCUGUGCAUCGUGAGCCAAGUCAGGGCCAGUUUUAUGGCACAAGCCCGUUAGCCAAACGAUCUAUUCCAACGUGCCAAUGAAUAUAUUAAAUUGAAAGUCUUUAUCAUGCGAAUAUGUUAAGAACCAAUGUCACCCAUUUUAUUUUUUAUUCAUUCUAUUUAAACACCAGGGCUGUAUGAGUGCCUUCAACCUGAGAAUGAAAAACGACUCUGACUGGUGUUUUUAAAGUUUUUACUACGAGGUGGUGGCUGCGUAUUUGUAUGACUCUUGUACGGUUUCUCUGAUUGCAGUUUAAAUGUGAUUUUCCAAAGUGUUGCAUGUAUGCAUAUGUAUACAGUAUAUAUGUAUCGACACAGAAUUGCUGAUGACCUGGGUGCAUGUUAUGUGUUUUUAUACCAACAUGUGAGAGCUCAGGGUUUUCUCAUGUAUUUAUAUUGCCGUUUAAUAGAUUGAGGUAAAUUAUUCAAAAUACUGUUUUCAGAUUUAUGAUCACUGGAUGCUGAUGUGGAAUAUUCUUAUUUCAUGCUGGUGUAACUUUAUCUAGUGAACCCAAGCUGAAGCUUACUUUAUUUAACCUGCAUGCUUAUCCUUAAAGAAAACAUGCACUUUAUAAUCCCACAACACGCACCAUCCCCACUGCCUGAGCCAACGUCACACUGUACUAUGAAUAAAAUGAUCAAUUUCAAUUUAGUUUUAAUCUUAACGUCUCUAUGCCUUGUUGUGUUAAGCUCCCACUGUCUGCACCUCACUCUUGUUUACAACAAGCACUAGGAGUGGAAAAAUAAAAGAUUAUACUCAAA